CCCGUGACGUCACUGCCUUUUUCGGUGUUAUUGAAUGAGGAAGAGUCGCAUUCACGGAAGUCAAGCAACUUGAUAAGUUGCUGUUAACCUAGCUAACAGCUGGCCAUCAUGCUUGGGGGAGGAUUCAAAGCAGAAAGACUCCGGGUCAACCUCCGAUUGGUGAUCAAUCGCCUGAAGCUCUUGGAGAAAAAGAAAACUGAGCUAGCUCAGAAAGCACGGAAGGAGAUUGCAGACUACCUAUCAACAGGAAAGGAUGAGCGAGCACGGAUCCGUGUGGAACACAUCAUCAGAGAGGACUACUUGGUAGAGGCCAUGGAGAUCCUAGAACUGUACUGUGACCUGCUGCUGGCUCGCUUUGGCCUCAUCCAGUCCAUGAAGGAGCUCGACCCUGGCCUGCAGGAAGCUGUGUCCACUCUCAUCUGGGCAGCCCCACGUCUGCAGUCUGAGGUCAACGAGCUCAAAAUUGUGUCUGAUCAGCUGUGUGCCAAAUACAGCAAGGAGUAUGGCAAGCUCUGUAGGACAAACCAAAUCGGGACAGUCAAUGAUAGGCUCAUGCACAAACUGAGUGUAGAGGCUCCUCCUAAGAUCCUGGUGGAGCGCUACCUCAUUGAGAUUGCCAAGAAUUACAACGUGCCCUACGAGUCAGACGCCAUGGUCAGACCGGAGGUGUGUAAAGGCGAAGAGGCUGACCUCAUAGAUGUGGACUCUGACUUCAAGAAGCCAGGUGGUGGUGGUGGUGGCGGCUUCACCGCUGGAGCCAUGCCUAUGCCCAUGGGCCCCCCAUCAGCGUUCAGCUACCCAACACCCAAAGGAGCAAUGCCCGGCCUCAUAGGGUUCAACGGCCCCUCUGUUGGCACAUAUGAUGCCUUUAACAACUUCCAGCCUCCAAUGAGAGGAGGGCACCCCCCUGAGCUGCCCAGCUGCCCCCCUACCUACGAGUCUAUUGAUGAGCUGUCUAUUAAACCUUCUGAUCGUUCCCAGGUGUCUGGCCCCGGGCCUUCAUCCCAGAUCUACGAUAACAACGCCCUCCCUGAGCUGCCCUCAGUUCCCGACACGCUUCCCACUUCCUCCUUUGGAGUUGGACGAAACACUGCGAGCUCUGAUGACAUCGACUUUGAUGACCUGUCACGGCGCUUUGAGGAUCUGAAGAAGAAGACCUAAUCCUUCGGUAUCCCAUCAUGCUCCUCUGUGUUGUCAGUCACCGCAGUUACAGGAUCAGGAAAUGUUUAAAUAUUUGGAUUGGCAUCCUUUGCAGUGAAACUCUCCUCACUGUGUAGUUUUACUGAUGUUAACAUGAACUGUGCCUCAUUCAAACACACGUGUAUGUCUGGCACACUGAAGGUGAAGGCCCUUUAGAUCGCUAUUUGACAGUACAAUUUGCAGUACACUUUAUUAUCGACUACGUCCAAUCAACUGGACCAUAUAGGUGUCAUCUUUAUAUGAGCACUUUGGAUAUAAAAUGGCCUUCCUGAUAGUAACUAGUACUCUAUGUAACCUCUCAAUCUUUCUCGUUGUUAUGGUUGUCACCUAUCCCCUUGACUCACAGUAUGAGACAAUAUUUGGUUAGUAAUCAAAUGGUCCCAACUAAUAAUGUCUCUCGACCAGAGACUGGAUUGAGUAAUCCAGAAUGUCAAUAGUGUGUCGUUGGUGGGUUUCAUGAACCUGUUUUUUUACCUGUCACUGAAUCGCCUACUAGAAAAAACUGUUUUCUGGCAAACCCAUUAUGUCGAAAUAUUCAGGCCUAGGACAUUUUCAAGACCGGGUGCUACGGCCUAUGAUGGGUUUUACCCUCAUUACUCUCUGGCUCUGGAUCUUUGGUGACUUCUGAAACCGGUUCUUUGACAUAUCUGUUACCUUACAUAGGGUGAAGGGAUUUAAUUAGACUUGAUUGAUAAAGUGGGGUAUUGAGAUAUGAAAUACACAAUGCUAUUUACAGGAAUGAUUGUUUUAAUUGUACAGUAACCAUAUGUUGGUAGGAGGUUGAAGGCAAGAGUUGGAAAAUAUUUUUAUUUUGUACAUUUGUUCUAAUAAAAUCCACUUGAUGUUUUAAAGAGGAUUUAGUUUAACCCUAUACAUGCACUUUCCAUGUUUGUGUAAAAUAACCCAUGCAGUGUAUUGGUGACUGGAAUGCAUGAUUUCACUGGUGACAGAAAUUAUACUCUAUGGAAAACCAUUUGACCAUGUAAGUUUGAUGUAAAUACGUCCCUCAAGUGUGAUGGGUUCUUCUUCCUCUGUGUGUAAUAGAGGUUUAUAGUGUGAUUCAGUAUGUUAUCUAUGUAUGUGCGCCACACUGCAUUUACCAUCAUCGGAGACCUUCCCAUUCUGUAAGUAUAGUCAGACUAUGUACACGUAACAUGCAGUGGUGGAAAAAUCACCCAAUUGUCAUACUUGAAUAAAAGUAAAGAUGCCUUAAUAGAAAAUGACUCAAGUGAAAGUCACCCAGUAAAAUACUACUUGAUUAAAACUCAAAGCAUUUGGUUUUAAAAUACUUAAGUAUUGAAAGUAUAAAUAAUUUAAAAUUCCUUAUUUUAAGCAACCAGAAAACACAAUUCUUGUGUUUUUAAAUGUUGUGGAGAGCCAGGGACACACUCCCAACACACACAUAAUAUACAAACUAAGCAUUUGUGUUGAGUAAGCCCACCAGAUCAGAGGUGAAAGAGAUGACCAGGGAUGUUAUUUCGAUGAGUGUGCAUUGGACCAAUUUUCUGUCCUGUUAAGCAUUCAAAAUGUAACGAUUACUUUUGGGUGUCGGGGAAAAUGUACAAUAUUAUUUGGGGGGUGGGGGGGUAUUGAAGUAAAAGUUGUCAAAAAUAUAAAUAGUAAAGUACAGAUACUCCAGAAAAUGACUUAAGUAGUACUGUAAAGUAUUUUUACCUAAGUACUUUACACCACUUGUAACAUGCCUAUUUCUUAAUUUAUAUAAUCUUUGUUAAAGUUAGUUUAAAGUUUUUUUAUUUUAUGAACAUGUAUUGAAUCUUGGUGAUGGAAGUAGUUUUGAUAAAGGAGAGAAACAGGCCUGGAUUUGCUGUUCCAGUCUUAUAGCUUGUUUUCACUCAUUUACUAUGGAUGGAAGUUAGGACUGUCUACUCCACCAUCCUAAAAUAAGACUUUAACACUACCGUACAGUGACCCGCUCACUGCUUUGACUGCUCAUCCUCUUAGGUGUAAUAUAGGAUUGUUUGAAGAGUGUUUGAUAUUAACUUCGAUUUGCAAGUGUACUGUAUAUCUUGUCACAAAACAUAUUAGCCUAUGUUUUUUAUGUCUAAUAAAGGACAUAUUUCUAAUUGAA